AUGGGUGUUGUUCAUCAAGAAGAUCCAAAUACCAAGGUAAACCUUUUUUUCUCUUAUCAUAAAAUAUAUAAUCAUUUUAGGCGUAUCGACUUAUCGGAUAUGCCGCGGUUACUUUUUCAGCUGUUGCUGUUUUGAGUUUCUGUGUUACUAUGCCAGUUGUUUAUACUUAUGUUCAAUCAGUUAAACGACAAAUGAAUCAUGAGAUGGUUCAAUGUAACAUCAAUGCUCGACAGAUUUUCAACGAUGUUAAUGUUUUGAGAGCAACUGGAUUCAACAGAACAUCUCGUCAAGCUGGUUAUGAUAGUGAAGUUGAGGCAACUACACUUGCUUAUAAUCCAGAACCUUCUACAUUACCACCUACUGUUAAUCAACCAGGAUAUGAUACAGGAGUUGAUAGAGAACAACCUGGAGUUGAGCAGCCAACUGUUGUUACUUCGAAAGAACAUGAAGCUACAACUCGACCAACAAAAACUACUACUGAAAGAAUCCAGGAAGAAGAAUUUACCACAACUACAUCUGCUCCAGAAGAACAUGGAACAUGUGAUAAUUGUUGUCUUCCGGGACCACCAGGACCACCAGGAACACAAGGUCGACCAGGACAAAACGGAAAGGCUGGAGCUAACGGACUUAAUGGAAAUCCAGGAAAACCGCCACAAGAACCGUGUGAACCAGUUACUCCUCCACCCUGUCCACCUUGUCCACAAGGAGAAGCUGGACCACCUGGACCACCGGGAUAUCCAGGAUCUGAUGGACAACCAGGAACACCAGGAGAACCUGGAGAGAAAGGACCAGAUGGACCACCAGGAAAUAAGGGAAGAGUUGGACCAAGUGGAAAGAUUGGAACUGCUGGACCACCAGGAGAAAAAGGAGAAGAUGCUGAAUCAAAUGAGAAACAACCUGGACCAAAGGGACCACCUGGACCACAAGGGCCACAAGGAUCGAGAGGACCACCAGGACAUCCAGGAGAAGAUGGAGAAAAUGGAGCUGUCGGAGAACCAGGAGAACCAGGAGCUGAUGCUGAAAAUGGUGACGAUGGAGUUCCAGGAAACCCAGGACACGAUGGAAAACCAGGAAAGGCUGGAGAAAGAGGAAUUUGUCCAAAAUAUUGUGCAAAGGAUGGAGGAAUCUUCUUCGAGGAUGGUACAAGACGAUAA